CAAGAAAAAAUCUGAUUCUGCUGAGGCUGCAGAAAGAGAAGAUACUGACGACUGGAAGAGGAUCACUGACAAAGGAAAGAGGAUUUUAAAAAAUGUGACACAAAGGAAGAAAGAUUUCACAACAACCUAGAGACAAAGAGAGAAACAAAACUAAAGAUUCACCAAAGAACUGACUGAAGACAGAGACAAAACUAAACAACAAGAUUCAACAAACUGAAUCCUGAGACACUACAACACAGUGGAUUUAAUAAACUGUGUUGUUGAGGUUUAACCAGCACGAAGAAACAGUCACUGUGGAGGGAAAUAUCUGGAAGCUGCUGACAGCUGAUAGAAACACUGAAGCUGAGGACAAGCAUCAGUUCAUCACUUCAUCACUUCAUCAGGGGAAAAUGGCUGUCACCUCACCGAAAGACAAGUAUUUUGGUGUGUGGUUGAUCUUCUUCCUACUCGGUUUGGGAACACUGCUGCCCUGGAACUUCUUCAUGACUGCUACCAUGUACUUCACCAGUCGUCUAAAGGAUACCUCACCAGUCAGAUCUUCAGCCAAUCAGACAGAGGAAGCAGGUGGACAGCGCAGCGUUCUGGAGGCCAAAUUCAACAAUGUGAUGACACUGUGCGCCAUGCUGCCGCUGCUUCUAUUCACCUGCCUCAACUCCUUCCUCCACACACUCAUCUCUCAGCGUUUGCGUGUAAUGGGCAGUCUGCUCAUCAUCAUGGUCAUCUUCAUCAUCACUGCUAUCCUCGUCAAAGUUCCUCUGGAGCCGCUGCCCUUCUUCUCUGUUACCAUGGUGAAGAUCGUCAUCAUCAACUCCUUUGGGGCGGUGCUGCAGGGCAGUCUGUUUGGGAUGGCCGGUUUGUUGCCGGCCUCCUAUACAACUCCCAUCAUGAGCGGUCAGGGACUUGCUGGAACCUUUGCUGCCUUCGCCAUGAUCUGCGCCAUCACCAGUGGAUCUGAGCUUCAUGAUGCAGCAUUUGGUUACUUCAUCACAGCCUGUGUCGUUAUUUUCCUGUCCUUCCUCUCCUAUGUCCUGCUGCCUAAACUGGAGUUUUUCCAGUUUUAUCAGGACAUCAACAGGAAACAGAGAACGGAGGAGAACUCUGUGAAUCUGAUGAACACAGAGGGUAAAGAGGAAACACCCAUUCAGACCAGACAACAGAACAUCUCCAUGAUGAAAAUAUUCAAGAAGAUCUGGCUGUUGGCUCUCUCCGUCUGUUUCACCUUCACCGUCACCAUCGGCACAUUUCCUGCCAUCACCGCUGACACCAAGUCCACCCUCAACAGAGACUCCUGGGAUCUGUACUUCAUCCCUGUCAGCUGUUUCCUGCUCUUUAACCUGUGUGACUGGGGUGGGCGGAGCUUAACGGCCGUCCUCAUGUGGCCAAAGAAGGACAGUGUGUUACUUCCUGUGUUCAUCGCGUGCCGCCUGGUCUUCAUACCUCUCUUCAUGCUGUGUAACGUCCAGCCUCGUCUCCAGCUGCCUGUCUUCUUCCUCCAUGACGGCAUCUUCAUUGCCUUCAUGAUCGUCUUCGCCUUCAGUAACGGAUACCUGGCCAGCCUCUGCAUGUGCUACGGACCAAAGAACGUCCUCCCUCAUGAAGCAGAAACAGCUGGAGCUAUCAUGGCUUUCUUCCUGUCCCUGGGUUUGGCUUUAGGAGCUGCGCUGUCCUUCCUCUUCAGAGCACUGGUCUGACUGGAAAAUGACUGGUUCUUACUGGUCUGACUGGAAACUCCCUUUGAUUAAAACAUUUCUGUUCAGGUUGACGUUGCAGUCAUCAAACCUUCAGACAUUUCAGUGUCACUGAAUCAGUUUUUAAAUAGUUUCUGUUUGAAGAUGAACAUGAAGCUCAACAGAUUAUUUUAGAUUUUGUCAUGAUGGUGGGACUACAUCCUCAGGAACAUAAAUAUUCACAGUGAAGUUAAUAUUUAUCUGUUAUAGACUGACACCACCAGACCUCUGCUAUUUAUAGACACAUUGAGCCACAACAUUCAAACGGUGUAUAUAUACACAUACACACACAUACACACAUAUACACAUAUACACGCAUAUAUACACACAUAUACACAUAUAUACAGAUAUAUACACACACACAUAUACACAUAUCUAUAACAUAAAUAUACACAUUCAGCCACAACAUUAAGUGUAUUUUGUGGCAGAUGUGUUUGCACACAGAACAUAUAAAGAUUUUUUUGUGUUACCAUUUUCUUAAUGUCUGACUGUGACGUUUCUUUAAACAUGAAAUAUAUUUAAAGAUUUAAAAACA